UAUACUCUGCAAAUAACAAAUGCCUAACACACCCAACAAGAACACAAAAACCAUACAACCAAGCUUAAACUGUACAACUUAUAGUUUGCUAACAAGUCAAUAGCUAUGGCCGAGAGACAAGACAGUGAACAAGAGUACAUAUUCAGAAGUGUUCAACUCUUCAAGAAUGAUACCCUUGGUACUGGCUCCUACGGGGCAGUGUGUAAAGCCAAGUGUGACCAGCUGCUCUGUGCUGCCAAGCUACUCUAUCCAGUGCUCUUCCAAAUGAUUGCUCCCGAUCCUGGCAAAGAACAUAGACACCCGUUUAGAAGAUUCGAAACAGAGUGUGCAUUUCUGAGUCGCAUCAACCACCCCAACAUUGUGCAGUACUUGGGGACCUAUCGUGAUCCCGACACAAAUGCACCAGUUCUUCUCAUGGAACUCAUGGAUGAGAGUCUGACACACUUCCUGGAGUCAUCACCUGGAGAUAUUCCCUACCACAUCCAAGUCAACCUCUCCUAUGACAUAGCUCAAGCACUUGCCUUUCUCCACUCCAAUGAGAUUAUCCAUCGCGACCUCUCCAGCAACAAUGUUCUACUGAUUGCAGGCACUCGAGCCAAAAUCACUGAUUUCGGAAUGUCCAAAUUCACGGACAUAAAUGUCACCCAACUAGCCACAUUGACUGGAUGCCCGGGAACACCAGCCUUCAUGUCUCCUGAGGCACUAAACGAACCACCAGUAUACACAGAGAAACUAGACAAUUUCUCAUUUGGUGUGCUGCUAGUUCAGAUAACAACACGACAAUUUCCAAAGCCAACAGAUCGAUUUGAUACCGUUAAACUUCCCGAUCCACGAAGUCCAGGUUGCACAGUUGAAGCUAAAUUGCCGAUUCAAGAACUUGACAGACGACAACCCCACAUCAGCUUGAUUAAGCCCGCCCACCCUCUACUGCCGAUUGCUUGUCACUGCCUCAAAGACAGAUAUGUUGAACGACCAUCUUCCCAACAACUUUGCCAAACACUGGAUGCUCUCAAGAGGACACGACGGUACCAGGAAAGCUCCCAACAAGACCUGCACCAGAUACUCAGAGAGAAAGAUGAACUACUACACGAAAAUAUGCAGAUGAUAACAGAAAAAUAUGACCAAAUUGUAGCUAAAGACAAGCAAUUACAUACAAAGUAUACUGAAAUUCAAACCCUUCAAUAUAAGGCUGAUGCCAGGGAGAGACAGCUGAGGAGAGUCAACCAAGAAUUGCAAUCCAGUGAGGAGAACACUGCUGCCCUCCAACAAGCCAUCGAUCAACGAGACAGAGAAGUAACUCAACUGAGACAAACGUUAGCAAGCAAGAACGAGGAAAUUCAUGAUCUAUCGACUCGAAUGCACCAAGUUGCACUACAAGAUGAGCAAGGUACACCAAUGAAUUGUGUUUCACCAGCUGAUGCACCUGUUACUAUGGGGUAUGGAUCAUCAGUCGUGGUUGGAGACAAGGCAUACUACAAGUCAUAUGGAAAUAAAACUGUUUAUGAGUUUAGCAACAAUCAGUGGCAUGAGUUACCACCUUGCCCUAAUCAAAAGUAUGCUAUUGUCAGUGUUGAUGGCAUGCUCACAACUGUGGGGGGAAUUUCAGACACACAAAGCUAUAGUAAUAAACUCUACAGCUACAUUAACAACAAAUGGGUCGAACACUUCCCUCCCAUGCCAACCGGAAGGUGGAGACCUGGAGCUGUGCAUGUUAAAAAUACACUUGUAGUGACUGGGGGAACAAAUAAUUUAAAAAAAUUAACUACUAUCGAGAUAUUAAAUACUGCUAACAUGCGAUGGUCUAGUGUUAGCCUACUACCUGUGCCAACCACUUACCCAUCAACAAUGAUUUGUGGAGACACUGUGUACAUAUAUGCACGAACUAAUGAUGAUCAAGAUAAGCAUUCAGUAUACAAAUGCUCAUUAAGACAAUUAACUCAGUCCCAGCCAGGCUCAGCUAUAUGGGAGAAGAUUGCCCCUUUGCCAGUUAGCAGGUCCUCUCUUGUUACCAUCAAUAGCUACCUGCUGGCAGUGGGUGGGGAGGACUCCAAUGGAGAUAGAACGAAGGACAUAUAUCGGUACAACAUAACAUCAUGGACUGUCAUUAGUCAAAUGUCAACACCUCGAUCAGCAUGCCUCACUGCUGCCCUCCCUGGGAAUAAACUGAUGGUAGUGGGAGGAGAUCAUACACUGAGGAAAUGUGAAAUAUCUAUAAUGCCUAUGUAUAUAACUUGUGUUGCAGCUAGAGCAACUAAAAUGCUGUGAGCAUAAACAACUUCAGGUUGACGUUGAAAGACAAUUGCGCCAGACUAGAACAUAAUAGAAUCAGACACUACAAUUGUACCCAUAUAUAGCACAUACAGUAAUUAUCUACAGUUAUGUCUAACACACAUGAACAGUACAGGUAUACAGUUCC